AAUGGAUUAAUCGUUUAACGAUCUUAAAUUUCAAUUAUAGUAAGAACUAUAAAAGGAAGGAAUGGUGGAAAAUAUGAAAACAUAACUUAGAUACAAGCUUUUGGAGAGACUGUAAAUGUAAUAAAAGAAAAUUCCUUCUUCAGAUAAAGUAUCAGAAAGUGAAAUGUUAUUAAAAAGAGUGUUAGCUAGUGCAGUAGCAGAUUAUUUACGAGAGGCCAAAAUGGAUUAUUCAUUGUACUUUUUUAAUAUAUUUUAGAUCUGUUUUUAUACCAGAAACUACUUUUGGUGCAGCUUUAUUGAAUAAGGAAGAAUUGAAAAUACUUUUAAAAAUUGAUAAUUUAUAAGGAUCAAUUUUAUCAUAAAUGUUUAGUGAUAUAAUGCUUCUUAAACCUAAGGAACCUCUUAAAUCAAAUGCAGCUACUUAAACAUUCUAUGGGGAUGCUGUAAUAAAUUUGGAAUAAAAAUUAAGCAUGGUUGAUAAUAUGUACAAAAGUAAAAUUGAAAAUGAAUUACUUAAACCUUAAUAUGAUAUGGAGGAACGUAUUCUUAAGAUGAAGAGAGAAUAUGAGUAACGUUUGAAAACAGAGAUUGCUACAGAGACAACUAGAAUAAGAGAAUUUGAAGCAUAACAUAUUAGGUUGGAAGAGGCUGAUAAAUACAGAUAAAAAUUAUAAGAUUAUAGAGAAGAAUUAGAGAAGAAUUUCUAAGAGAAAUUAAAUGUUUUAAGAGAAAGAGAAAAUGAUACAUUAAAAAUGGCUGCAUAAAAAACAAAAGAAUUAGAGUCUUUGAAUUAUUAAUAUAGAUAAAAGAUAUUGAAGGAACAUGAGAUAAUAAAAUUAAAAGAAUAAGAAAUAGAAAAAUAGAGAAUUUCUAAUGAGGAGAGUUUGAAAUUUUAAAAGGCUAAAUUAGAUGUAAUGGAAAGAGAUUUGUCAAAGAAAUUGGCAGAAGCAAAUGGUAAUGAAGAUGUGAUUAAAAGAAAAUAUGAAGCAUAAAUUCAUGCAGCUAAAGCAUCUGCUGAAACUGAAUUUUAUGAGGAAAGAGAAUAAAUAAGAAAUAAACUUAAAUAAUUAGAGGGAGAUCUUAGAAAUAUGGAGAAUUUGAAAUCAACAAUAAAGACUUUAUAAAGAGAAAAUGAAUAAUUGGUAGAAGAAAAUAAAAAGUAUGUUGAAUAAGUAAGGGAAGUUAAAAAGAGAAGAAAGGAAAUGGAAUAUGAAUAUGAAUAAAUGAAAGAAAAUUUAAGAGCAGUAAGUGAUGCUUAGAGAAGAGAUUAAGAAUUAUGUAGAAAAUAUGAAACAGAUAUUAGAUUAAAAGAAGAAGAAAUGGCACUUUAUAAAACAACUAUUAAUCAUAAGGAUGGAAUGUUAAAUGAUCAUAAAGUACUUUAAUAAGAAUAAAUCAAAAAAUUAUAAAAAGAAAUAGAAUAAUAUUAAAAAAAGGUUGAAGCUUAAGAACUUCUUAUCAAAGAUUUAUAAGUUAAAGAGAAUCAUUCACCUAAUUUUGAUAUUUAAUCUGCUUUAUUUAAAGGAAACAUAGCUGAUUCAUAAUUAAUGUAAUAUAAUUUUUAGGACCACAAUAAUAAAAUGAAGUAAAUUCAUAAUGAAUUAGAUGAGAAUAGAAUGAGAAGAAGAGAAGAAAUUAAAAGAUUAUAAGAAAAUGCUGUUGUAUCUCUUAAUACAGAACCUGCAUUGAAAUUUGAUAAUGUUUGGGAUGUUUACAAUAGUUCAGUUAAUUAUUCAUAGAUUGGAGGAGUGUAAUAUAGAUCAAAGUUACAUGAGGAUUAUUAAGGUGGUAAGAUAUUUUAGACUGGAGAAGAUGCUCAAUCUUAAGUAAUUUAGAGUGGUGUAUUUUAAAAGAAGCCAGGAUAAGGAGGAACACAUUAAUAGUAAUAAAAUAUUAUCGAGGAAACAUAUUCAGAACUUAUGUGA